UUUGUGAGUAUUUCGUACAUGUGGAGUGCCAGGAUUUUGCAGUAGCUGACUGUAAAGAAAAUGCAACUUAUCUUCCGGGGAAACAACUUACCUUUGUACGCCAUCAACAUCACUGGCGCGAAGGAAAUCUUCCAAGCAAUUCCAAGUGUGCUCUGUGCAAAAAGACGUGCUGGACUACUGAAUGUUUAUCCGGAUACAGAUGCGAAUGGUGUGGAAUGACGAGCCAUGCCUCCUGUCAUACGAGUAUUAACAGUGAAUGUACUUUUGGUAUUCUGGAACCUAUUUAUCUACCACCACAUGCUGUUAGUAUACCGAGAACCGAGGUACCAAUGGAGGCUAUCAUCGGAGUACAAGUUAGAAGAAAGGAUACUCUGUCUCCACGAAGUACUUCGGAGGAAUUUAGCAGCGGUGAUGCAGGCAGGUAUAGGGACUCAGAGGAUUAUGCACAAACACACCCUCCAACUCGCGAUAGUCGUCAGGAUAAACAAAAUAAGAACCAGGAGGAACGCGAUGAAGAAGCAAUUAAGGUGUAUGACGGGAACAACUCUUUGCGCAGACGGAUAUUCAGAAUCAUUGUAGUUCCAAGACAGGCACCUUUGAGACAGGUGCUGACGCAGGCACUUCGGGCGUUUCAUAUUACAAAAGAUCCAAAUUCAUUUCAUCUUACUGAUCUUUAUUCUCCGGAUGAAGCAGUUAUGCAGGAUCCAACUCCUGUACUAAACCUGCAUAGGAAAGAAGGAAAACGACCAGCAGUUUUUCUCAGAUUCAGAGACAGGGACAACGACGCUGGCGAAGUUCGGGUAUAUCCCGGUAAGUUACAAGUAUCUCAGGCAUACUGCACCGUGCCUGUAGAUUCUAACACAAAUGUUGGUGAUCUCAUCAGCGACGCUCUUAAUCGUUUUGGGUUAGAAGACAGCCACGCCGAAGAUUAUCGAUGCAGCGAAGUCCUACUGGAUAGAGGAGUUACUGAACGUGUUCUUUCGUGGAACGAGAGACCAUGGGAAAUAAUGAAACAACUGGGAAAAGAUAGUAUUCGGCAAAUGGAGUUAAUGCGGUUUUAUUUACAACUUAAGCAAGAUCCGCACGGACCAAAUUUAGCUUUAUUCGUUGGAAAUUUACCUCCAAAUCUAUCUGAACGCAAUUACGAAAAUAUCCUCACUGACUUUUUAGGCAAAGAAAACAAAUUUUCUAAAAUUGGUCCUAUCUAUUACGAAUACGGCUCUAUGGUAAUUACCUAUGAAGAUUCAGAUAAGGCUGUGAGAGCGUUAUAUGCUUUAAGGGAGUCUAAAUAUGAAGAUAAGCAACCGUUGUUAGUUAUGCUGCUACCAAACAUAGAACCUUCAAUGAUACCCCAAGGUGUGCAACCGUUAUUAGUUUUCGUCAAUGUAAAGUCUGGUGGUUGUCAAGGACUAGAGUUAAUCUCUAGUUUUAGAAAAUUAUUGAAUCCAUACCAAGUGUUCGAUCUUGACAAUGGAGGUCCUCUUCCAGGAUUGUAUGUGUUCAGAAAUAUUCAAAACUACAAAAUACUCGUUUGUGGUGGAGAUGGUACAAUUGGAUGGGUACUUCAAUGCCUGGAUAAUGUUGGGCAGGAUUCUCAAUGUUCUUCCCCUGCUUGUGCUAUUGUACCACUGGGAACAGGUAAUGAUCUGGCUCGCGUUUUGAGAUGGGGUCCAGGUUACACUGGUGGAGAAGAUCCGCUUAACCUACUUAGAGAUGUCAUCGAUGCUGAAGAGAUCCGUUUAGACAGAUGGACUGUUGUUUUUCACCCUGAAGAUAAACCUGAUGACAACGUCAAACAGUGCAAUUCCACUGGUAAGAGGAGGAAAAAACUGUCGAAAAUCAAAGUGACCAAUGAGCAAAUUAGAAAAUCAGUUGUAGCAAGUUCCACCAGCGAAGACAACUCACAAAUCUUCGUAAUGAACAACUACUUCGGCAUAGGAAUUGACGCGGAUCUAUGUCUUGAUUUCCAUAAUGCUCGCGAAGAAAACCCUGGAAAGUUCAUCAGUCGAUUACACAACAAAAGCGUGUACGUCAGAAUGGGACUGAGGAAAAUGGUCGGACCGAAAAUGUGCAAGGAUCUUCACAAAGAAGUUAGGUUAGAGGUAGAUGGCAAACUGGUCGAACUACCUCAAGUAGAGGGCAUUAUUAUUCUUAAUAUAUUAAG